AUGUCUACUGCAUCUCGAACAAAAGAUCCUCUUCUCCAGGGACUGGCCCGCUUGGGUGCUGCAUUGCUCGUUGAAGCCUCGCAACUACUAACCAAAGUUUGUCCAAAACAUCACCCUGGAAACCAGAACGGAGCAGCGGACGCACUCAGUCGACCACAACUUCAAGGAAAAGACCACGAGAAUUCGUUGGCCUUCGUUAUCGCGGAAUGGUCCCAACUACAGACCUGUUGCAUUUGCCUUCUGCCUUUCAAAUUGCUGUCCAAGACUGCAUCGACGCUGAAAGAACCGCCGACAGGGGAUCAAAAUGAACUUUCCGAGCACGAUUUACAGAAGUUAGAUGAUGCUGGUUGCAUUCUCGUUCUUGGCACUUAUCUUCGUGAUGUAAAACGGGGUGACAACAAACAAAAGAAAGCAGACUUGAUGGCAGAUACACUUCGUGCAUAUUUGUCUACAGCUCACAAAUACUUGCAACAUCGCCUAGGCCGAUCUAUCAAUGUUAUGGAUCCAGCAUAUGGUGGUAAACAGAAUCGAUAUCAUCCAUUUCUCUACCAACAGAUCCAUGAUCGUGGUUGUUGGCAACAAAAGCAUGAACGAUACGAACCAUUCACAAUGGAAAUGUUUCUUGCAUUGCAAAGAUGGCUUGCUGGUGAACCAGAUCCAACCGUAACCUUCCUUGGAAAGACACAUUCUGUCUAUGAUUGGACCCGUCUCGGUAUCUUCACUGGCUUUCGGGCUAGCGAAUAUUCUCAAGGCGACUUGGGUCGUGGAAAAUUAUUCAACAAGAUUCCAGACCAACAUGACGUUCCCAAACAGUUCCGAGGCAUGCCUCUUGCAAUGAUGGCUCAGGACUUUCGCUUCUUUGACAAGCACUAUGUGUUAAUCCCACACAAACAUUUGAUCACACGGUAUAAACGUGGUGAUGUUGUGUGGCUUGAACUUCGAUGGAAAUAUGAUAAGAGCUCUUUCAACUUUGUGAAGAAACGCUUCAAAAUCACAGGCCAUCCUAUCUACUGUCCCGUGGAUGCCGCUGUCUGCAUCAUUCAUCGGUCGACUCUUCUUGGUGUUCCCACCGCCUAUCCUGUUGGCGUUUGGGGUUCCAACACCUCAUCUUAUCGCUUCUUGAAAUCUAGGGAGGUUUCUGAGGUGAUGCGCGGUUCGGUUGAUAUGGCAUAUCCCGACCCAAACCACUAUUUGCGGAUUAACCGCCAUCUUAUUGUUCCUCAUUCCAACCGUGUCACCGCCGCAGUGUGCUUACAAAAAGGUGGAGCCAAUAAUGACGAAAUCGCGUUCCGAUUACGCUGGCUUCCGAGCUCUGUGCCCACCUACCUUCGCGACUGCUUCCAAUCUAUUGGUGACACGCUUGAGCGAACAAUUCAAGGAGCGCUGAAGUUGACAUUUUCUUCUUCUUCUUCUUCUUCUUAG